AGGAGCCCAAACAUCAGCAGCCCUCAACUGUUUCACCACUCUUCUAAAAGAGGCACUUCAAAAGAGACUUAAAGGCAUUCUCAUCUUUUUUUUUAAUUUUUUUACAUCUUGAGUUGGAAUUGUUUGUGUUUUUUUUUUAAAAAGGGACACUUGGACAUGAUGGCAUCGAGGCAAAUAUCAGAAAAGGAGCCAAACAUUGAGUUAUUUGUCAAGGCCGGCCAUGACGGCGAGAACUUGGGCAACUGUCCCUUCUGCCAGAGGCUCUUCAUGGUGCUGUGGCUGAAAGGAGUCAAGUUCACCGUGACCACUGUUGACAUGAGGAAGAAACCUGCAGAGCUGAAGGACUUGGCCCCCGGCGCCAACCCUCCUUUCUUGCUCUACAACGGCACCCUCAAGACCGACUUCAUCAGAAUAGAGGAGUUUCUCGAGCAAACUCUCGCGCCUCCCAGGUAUCCCCACCUCAGCCCGCUGAACAAGGAGUCUUUUGACGUCGGCGCUGACAUUUUCGCAAAGUUUUCGGCUUUCAUCAAGAACACACCAAAUAACGCCUUUCAGGAGAAAAAUCUGCUAAGGGAGUUUAAGCGUCUGGACAACUACCUGAACUAUCCUCUUCCAGAAGAGAUCGACCACAACUCAGACGAAAGUGUCACCGUCUCCAAGAGGAAGUUUCUGGAUGGCGACCGCCUCACUUUAGCCGACUGCAACCUGCUGCCCAAACUGCAUGUCAUCAGGGUGGCCGCCAAGAAAUACUGCGACUUUGACAUCCCGCCGCAGCUGACGGGCGUCUGGCGAUACCUGCACAACGCCUACGAGCGAGAAGAGUUCAAGCAGACGUGUCCGGCCAACAUCGAGAUCGAGAAGGUUUACUUCGGCGUGGCCAAUAACAGGAAGUAAACCAGAUCAUUGCCGUGAUCUGUGUGCCAAAGAUGAUCCUGUAGACAUCUUUAGGCUGCGUUCACACAUGGGGUUCCAGACUGCGGUCCAGUCGCCAAGCUACCAUGCUGGUGUUUUUCUCGCGGUACCAAAGGCUGGGCAGCAGAGAACAAAUACAAACAUUAAAGAACUGAUUGGGCACAGCUUUCAUGGUAUAGUAAUGAAGUAUUCCAAAUCAAAGCUAUCUGGAAUGUCUUGAAUACAUUGGUUAAGUCUCGAUUCUGGUAUAUUUCCAGCUCGGAUUUCACCAAAAGCUUCUAAAAUAUCCUUUUAAAGAGCAGCAUUGACACUUUCUUUUACAUAUUCGUCACAAUUUUGUUUUUAACAUUACGUUCGAAUGGAACCAAAACAAGUGUGAACGCACCCUUAAGUGCCCAAAUCUCAGAAUGUUUGAUUAAAAACAGGCCAACUGUGUAAUUGACUGUUAUUUAAUUUAGCAGAUUUGUGUUUAUAAUGUACAUACAGUCUAUUUCCAACGCCAGUCAAAUUAAUUUGUAUGGAGAAACAACACUUCUGUUUCUAACAGUAAUGUGUUCAUUUUACACCAAUAAACGAAUCAAAAGGUG